CGUUAGUGUUGCAGGCUGCUCUUUGUAGUUACAGGGGAGUAUUUGCGUGAUGGCAGCUGUGUGUCCUUCGGAUAAUCAUGUUAUUGCACGUAGGCUCUAAACUUGAGUGAGGACACUGGGCCCAGAGUUAUCUGAGGGCAUCCGGUUUAACCAGAGCUUUGGUCUGCUAGUAAUGCUUGAUAUUAGAUUAUUUAUAUAACAAUUCCCUUUUCUCCGCGUCAUAUUCAAAUGCCUAGAAUGCAUUCAACAAAUGGUGUAAUAGGCAAAAUAUGAUAACACAACCACUGAUGGCUGUAGGUAACUACUGUGGCAAACUAGCCAGCUGACCUCUGUAGCUAGCUUGCAAGCGAUGCUAAAGUGAUUGUACCUGGGUUAUCAUUAGCUAACUGGCUAGCAUUUAUGAAGCCAGCAAACACUUUCCUCGCACUCUAUGUCCUCCGUCACCCACUGUGCGCUUUCGGUAGGUAGCCUGAUUUGCGUCCAGACAGGAGAAAUCUGGUCUUCCAGAUUUAAACACAAUCAGUCCACGAAGCGAUUUUUUUUUUUUGUGCGUCUAGACCCGUGUUUUCAAUGUGAUCUUCGUAUUCUGAUAGCAGAAGUCGCAUUGUAAGUGUCAAGUGUAGCAACCACUUCAGACUUGGGGAAUAUAAGCAGCAUUUUUUAUUUGUCUGUUAUGACUGAGUAUUUCUUUUUUAUUUUAAAGAAUGUCUUCGGUGGGGUAAUUGGUAUUGGAUUUGGCAGUCAUGCCAUUCUAAAGAGGUUUGUUCUACCUGUAUGAUUUAUGGGAAGAUUAUUCAAUUGAAUUAGAUCUGCUUUCAUAUCGUUGAGUAAUGAAUGCAGCAAAAAAAGAAACGUCCUCUCACUGUCAACAGCGUUUAUUUUCAACAAACUUAACGUGUAAAUAUUUGUAUGAACAUGAGAUUCAACAAUUGAGACAUAAACUGAACAAGUUCCACAGACAGGUGACUAACCGAAAUGGAAUAAUGUGUCCCUGAACAAGGGGGGUCAAAAUCAAAAGUAACAGUCAGUAUCUGGUGUGGCCACCAGCUGCAUUAAGUACUGCAGUGCAUCUCCUCCUCAUGGACUGCACCAGAUUGGCCAGUUCUUGCUGUGAGAUGUUACACCACUCUUCCACCAAGGCACCUGCAAGUUCCCGGACAUUUCUGGGGGGAAUGGCCAUAGCCCUCACCCUCUGAUCCAACAGGUUCCAGACGUGCUCAAUGGGAUUGAGAUCUGGGCUCUUCACUGGCCAUGGCAGAACACUGACAUUCCUGUCUUGCAGGAAAUCACGUACAGAAUGAGCAGUAUGGCUGGUGGCAUUGUCAUGCUGGAGGGUCAUGUCAGGAUGAGCCUGCAGGAAGGGUACCACAUGAGGGAGGAGGAUGUCUUCCCUGUAACGCACAGUGUUGAGAUUGCCUGCAAUGACAACAAGCUCAGUCCGAUGAUGCUGUGACACACCGCCCCAGACCAUGACGGACCCUCCACCUCCAAAUCGAUCCCGCUCCAGAGUACAGGCCGCGGUGUAACGCUCAUUCCUUCAACGAUAAACACGAAUCUGACCAUCACCCCUGGUGAGACAAAACUGUGACUUGUCAGUGAAGAGCACUUUUUGCCAGUCCUGUCUGGUCCAGCGACGGUGGGUUUGUGCCCAUAGGUGACGUUGCUGGUGAUAUCUGGUGAGGAUCUGCCUUACAACAGGCCAGAAUCCCUCAGUCCAGCCUAUUGUGGAAAGUCUGAGCACUGAUUGAGGGAUUGUGUAACUCGGGCAGUUGUUGUUGCCAUUCUGUACCUGUCCUGCAGGUGAUGUUCAGAUGUACCAAUCCUACGCAGGUGUUGUUACACGUGGUCUGCCACUGCGAGGACGAUCAGCUGUCUGUUCUGUCUCCCUGUAGUGCUGUCUUAGGCGUCUCCCAGUAUGGACAUUGCAAUUUAUUGCCCUGGCCACAUCUGCAGUCCUCAUGCCUUGUUGCAGCGUGCCUAAGGUGCGUUCACGCAGAUGAACAGAGACCCUGGGCAUCUUUCUUUUGAUGUUUUUCAAAAUCAGUAGAAAGGCCUCUUUAGUGUCCUAAGUUUUCAUAACUGUGACCUUAAUUGUCUACCGUCUGUAAGCUGUUCGUGUCUUAACGACCGUUCCACAGGUGCAUGUUCAUUAAUUGUUUAUGGUUCAUUGAACAGCAUGGGAAACAGUGUUCAAACCCUUUACAAUGAAGAUCUGUGAAGUUAUUUGGCUUUUAUGAAUUAUCUUUGAAAGACGGGGACCUGAAAAAGGAAAAAAAAUGUUGCUGAGUUUAGAAUAUAGUUGUCUUUAUAUAUUUGUUUGUCACAUGUUAAUCAUCCUAAGUAUUAAAUAUUUGUUGUGGUCCACUUAAAGGAUCCCCACCCCAUGUUAAUUUUAUAUCCUGAGAUUUUUGAGUAUUCUGAAAAUAAUUUUAGCAAAGGGGGCAUUGAGUUUUCAAUAUUGGUCAGGUAUAUCUGGAGAUCAUCUGCAAAACGGUUAAGUUUAUAUUAAUGUUUUACCAAUACUGAUACCUGUUACGUUUUGGGUCCUGUCUAAUUAUUUCUGCAUGCGGUAGAAUUGCCAGUGCAAACAGGAGGGGGGUGAGGGGACAUCACAGUCUUGUGCCUCUUUGUAAAGCAAUUUAAUCAGAUAUUAUUUGUGUACAUUUUAGCUUGAGGAUAAUUUAUACAAUAUUUUAGAAAAUGUGUUAUUUCAUCUGGAAAGUUGAAAGCUUCCAAAGUUUUUAGUAGAAAAGGACAUUCAAGAUGGUCAAGCCUUUUCGGCAUCAACAGCCAUUUUUGAUAGAUAUAUAUAUUUGCAUAUUGUAUUAAACUGAAACUUGCUCUUGAAUGGAAUUCUAUGGGAAAGCCGCCCGUUCCUGGUACUUUGUACCGUGCAAAUGUUUUAACGAUAUCGAAUAUUUAUUCUUGGGUAAUCUCUGUUUUUAGUGAUUUAUUUUUUGUCUGCUGAUAAUUGCUUCAGAGUUGUUUAGAUUAAACAAUGUACCUACAACGGUUCUAACGAUGAACGAUGCUUUUAGGAAGAAAAAACCCCCACAAAAAUAAAAAGCUGAAAUAUUUACUACAAACAAACAUAAGAUAAACAAAAGAGAACUAAAAAUCAGGAAAAUCAAAGCUAAAAAUGUGUUUGAAGAUCCGUUUUAUGUCUACAGUUUCAGCCUCCUUCGGGUUCUCUGGCAUGCUAUUCCAGAGGCUGGGUGCAUAAUACCUAAAGGGUGCCUCUCCAUGCCUCUUGGUCCUAGACUUUGGUUAAAAUACCAGUGCCAGAGGACCUGAGGCACCCACUGGGUACACAAUCCUGGAUUGAUUUUAAAAACCAAUAGAAGACUCUUUAAAAAAAAAAAUAUAUUAUUCAAAAACUCACAGGCAGCCAAUGCAGAGACCUUAAAACCGGUGUAAUGUGUGCUCUGGUCUUGGUCAGUACCCGAGCUGCAGCAUUCUGCAUGUUUUUUUUCAGUUGACCAACGGCUUUCCUGGGUAGAUCAGUCAGCAGAGCAUUACAGCAGUCAAGCCUGUUUGUAAUAAACGCACGGAUGAGUCUCUGGAUUAGCCCGAGAGAGAAACGGCCGCACCUUGGCAAAGUUCCUCAGGCGGUUAAAAAGCUAUUUUGGUCACAUUCCUGAUAUGUGAUUCAAGAUUUUGUGCCAGAAUCUAAAACAACACCUAGGUGUUUUGCCUGCUGUUUCCUCUUUUUUUUAUGGCCUGUGAAUUAAAAUUUGCAGCUAGAUUCUCUCUCAUUGCUUUGGCUCGAACAACAAGUACCUCGGUCUUGUCUUGAUUUAGCUGGAGGAAGUUGUGAGCCAUCCCAGGUAUUUACAUCCCCAGUACAGUCUCAUUUAUCCGUGGAGCUAAAAUCCUCCGGUCACGCAGAAAUGUAAAGUUGUGUAUUGUCUGCGCAGCCGUGAAAAUCAAUGCAGUGCUUCCUGAUAACGCUGCCAAGAGGUUACAUAUAUAAACUGAACUCUACCGGACCCAAAAUCGAACAAUGUGGGACGCCAGAUGUAAUAUAUAGUUUCUCUCUCUAAGUUAUGUUCACCAAAGUUUGACAAACUCUCGACCGGUUAAAUACGUCCUGAACUCAUUUAGGCCAACCCACCUCUCCAGUCUGUCCAGAAGGGCAUCAUGGUUAACAGUGUCGAAUGCAACUUUAACUAAGGCUGUCUAUGUGCUGUGGUGUGGACAAAAAGCAGAUUUGAAAUGUUUUUUAAAAAAUUGCCACUUAAACAAAUAUUUUGUUUUGAACGCCAAUUUCUCCAGCAUUUUGCUUUAUUUCUCCAGAAUUUUGCUUAAGAAUGAAAGGUCGGGGUUGCCCCAAAAAAAUCUAGAUUACUUUGGUUCAGAAGGGGUUUCGCCAUAGCAGUUUUUUAGUGCAGUGGGGAAAGUGCCUGUGAACAAUGAGUGAUUUUAAUAAUAGCUUGCACUUCUUCAGAUAUACAAUUAAAAACAGUUUUGAUGAAGGUGGUGGGGAUGGGAUCGAGAAGGCAGGUACACGGCUUAAGUUGUGAUCUCACUUUUCUGAGCAUGUCAACCAGGGAAAAUAAAUCCAUAGUGCCUUUGUGUGGUAGUCUAGGGCACAUAUAAUAAUAUAUGCCAUUUAGCAGACGCUUUUAUCCAAAGCGACUUACAGUCAUGUGUGCAUACAUUCUACGUAUGGGUGGUCCCGGGGAUCGAACCCACUACCCUGGCGUUACAAGCGCCAUGCUCUACCAACUGAGCUACAGAAGGACCACAUAUCAUCAUUCUUCUCAUCAGGUCUUGCUUGAAUGAUACCCAACCUAAUGUUGGUUAGCUUAUCUCUGAAAUAUGCUGCAAACUCAUCACAUUUAGAUGAGGGAAGUCCACAUAGUUUUGCCAGGGUACAAAUUUAUCUGGCAGUCAAUGGUCAGGGAGCACUCUCAAAUUAUUCUGAUUUUUGAAUAGUGAUCGAGUUAGAAAAAUGAGCUCGUCUGGCAUGUCUGAUUGCCAUGAAAUAUCAUAAAAAAACCUGCAACUUUGAUUUUCUCAAGUUCCGCUCUGCCUUUCUGCAAUUUCUCUUUGUAAUUGAUUAUAAUUUCCUCACUCAUCCAAGGGAGUUUCCUCACUCCCAUUUGGAUGAGGCCCUUUUCAGCUUUACUGGAGCUGUGGCAUCAAUGUUUGCCCUUUAAUUUGCAAUUAAAGUUAUCAACUAAAUCAUCACAAGAGGAAGGCAGAAUAGGUGGUGGUGUAUUGUUCAUACACUCAAUAAAAUCUAUAGCAACUUCAGAGGUAAGAUAGUGUUUCUUAAUAAUGUGUUCAGUAUUACCCUGUGCAAUAAGGCAACGAGGUAGUAAAAUAAUACACAGUGGUGAUCAGAUAAAGCAACAUCAACAAUAGAGGAUACGUCAAUAGAAAGCCCUUUGGUAAUAACCAGGUCCAGAUUAUGGGUGUGAUUGUGGGUGGGCCCAGCAGAAAACCCCUUGGUAAUAACCAGGUCCAGAGUAUGGGUGUGAUUGUGGGUGGGCCCAGCAGAAAACCCCUUGGUAAUAACCAGGUCCAGAGUAUGGGUGUGAUUGUGGGUGGGCCCAGUAGAAAACCCCUUGGUAAUAACCGGGUCCAGAGUAUGGGUGUGAUUGUGGGUGGGCCCAGUAGAAAACCCCUUGGUAAUAACUGGGUCCAGAGUAUGGAUGUGAUUGUGGGUGGGCCCAGUAGAAAACCCCUUGGUAAUAACCGGGUCCAGAGUAUGGGUGUGAUUGUGGGUGGGCCCAGUAGAAAACCCCUUGGUAAUAACCAGGUCCAGAGUAUGGGUGUGAUUGUGGGUGGGCCCAGUAGAAAGCCCUUUGGUAAUAACCAGGUCCAGAGUAUGGGUGUGAUUGUGGGUGGGCCCAGUAGAAAGCCCUUUGGUAAUAACCAGGUCCAGAGUAUGGGUGUGAUUGUGGGUGGGCCCAGUAGAAAACGCCUUGGUAAUAACCAGGUCCAGAGUAUGGAUGUGAUUGUGGGUGGACCCAGUAGAAAACCCUUUUGUAAUAACCGGGUCCAGAGUAUGGGUGUGAUUGUGGGUGGGCCCAGUAGAAAACCCCUUGGUAAUAACCAGGUCCAGAGUAUGGGUGUGAUUGUGGGUGGGCCCAGUAGAAAACCCCUUGGUAAUAACCAGGUCCAGAGUAUGGGUGUGAUUGUGGGUGGGCCCAGUAGAAAACCCCUUGGUAAUAACCAGGUCCAGAGUAUGGGUGUGAUUGUGUGUGGGCCCAGUAGAAAACCCCUUGGUAAUAACCAGGUCCAGAGUAUGGGUGUGAUUGUGGGUGGGCCCAGUAGAAAACCCCUUGGUGGUCCUUCUGUAGCUCAGUUGGUAGUGCAUGGCGCUUGUAACGCCAGGGUAGUGGGUUCGAUUCCCAGGACCACCCAUACGUAGAAUGUAUGCACACAUGACUGUAAGUCGCUUUGGAUAAAAGCGUCUGCUAAAUGGCAUAUAUUAUUAUUAUAUUAUUAUUAUUAUAAUAACCAGGUCCAGAGUAUGGGUGGGCCCAGUAACAUGUUGGAUAAGGUUCAUAGAGCUCAAAAGAUGAAUAUGUUGUGAAUUCCCACCAUCCAAUACUUCCCACAAUCCAAUGCUUUUAAAUUCCUGACGGGGACUGUGCAAGUGGUGCCCUUCUUCUAAAGUGCCCUAAGAUGCUGCCCUCCUCCCUUUUUUUUUUAUAUCUUACUA